CAACCACCACCAACUUCAAUUCGGCGGUCACGGAACAGGCGCGAUAUCAAGUAGGCUACCUGGGUGUAAACAUUCGAACCUGAUAAUCGGCGCGGUCAUUAUUUCGUAGCAAAUUGCAACAUGCAGCAGAAUUAACCUGAUUCUGGAUCAAUUUGACCAUGUCAUGUAGGCGGAAAGACACCGAGUCUAUGCGCUCAAUAGACGACGCAAGUCCGACAUCGCCGAAGAAGCGUCGGCAACGGGAUCUGUCCAGCAGCACAGGAAACGCGAGCGAAUCAAUGCCUAGCCUGCCACCAUGGAUGCGCCUCUAUUUCUACGGGAUGCACGGAGUCACGUUGGAUAUCAUUCUGUCAUCGGCGCACACUUUCCUGCAAAGCAAUGAUCUGAAAUUGCUGGGGUUCUCCUCCCCCUAUAGCUGCAUCCUCCAUUCGAUGACUCAUUUCGCGCUGGAGAAAAUAUAUUCACAAAAAACUAUCUUCCAAGGACGCCCUGUCCUUUUCCAUUGCAUAAUCUACCCUUCUGUGUACAUCGGUCUGCAGAUAUUGAUCGGGAAUACAGUUGCCUUAUCCAGCCACAUCAAAAGCGCGUUAGUAGCGCAGAUUGCUAUUCACUACAUCAUAUCCCUCUACUAUUCGCAAGUGUUUCUCAAGAGAUUUUUGCACCUUCAGUACCACUGUCCAGGGCAACGUACCCUGGCGGAACUGAUUCAAGAGCUGAGGUCUGCGCACGGACUGCCUGGCUUGGUGCGUUUCGUCUUCUUUGGAAUGCAUGGCCUUUUGGAUGAGGUCGUAUUCACCUCGAUAUUCAAUCUGAUUGAAAAAUCUGACAGAACACUGAGCGGUCAUACGUCUCUCUGGUCCUUCCUUAUGUACGGAAGCUGCAGCUUUGUGGUGGAAAAGCUGUACGUGCAUUUGCAUUUCAAGCGAGGAUGGAGUACCUGGAAAAGGCUGCCGAUCUACGUCUGUUUCAUCUAUACCUGGGAGUUCUUGUGGGGGCUGGCGCUGCGGCACUACGGCGCCUGUUCGUGGGACUACUCCCACUAUCCUUUGAAUUUCAUGGGUCUCAUCACCCUUCUCUAUCUACCUGGUUGGGUCUGUCUCAGUUUGUAUCAAGAUAUAUUGUCCAAUGUCUUGCUACGUGUCGUGUGUGCACAAGACAGUAAGUCGCAAGGAUGCGGAAUCGAUGGGCGCAUCAAAGAGAAACGUAUACCCUAAUUUUGGCACGCUGUUAGAGUAGCCUUAUGAUAUGCCAGUGCAUCAGAGAUUACAACGGUUUACUUAAAAUCCAACCAUCAUCGCUGCACACGAGCUUUACAACUAGUAUUUCUUAAGAGAAAUUUUAGUAGCUGUUAAAACAGCUUUACUGUGACGACAGGGCCAAUCCCUUUCAAGCGUGACAGAACCAAUUAUGUUCAAACAUUUUAUGGUUCUCAGGGCGCGAAGACAACUGCCGUUUUUAAAUACAAUAGGCCUAGUGUAAAUAUAACUAUAUUGUUACUAUCUAGACUUUUGGAAUUUAGAUAUAAAAGACUAAGUAAAUGCUAAUACAAUUCAAUUUGUGUAGCAUUAGGCGGUCAAUGAAGGCAUGGUGGCAUUUGACGGGAAAUUGAAUCCCGUGAUUCCCCCUGCUUUAGGGAGCCUGUUUUAAGAUGUUGUAUCUUGCAUGUCUGUGUAUAUUUUAGUCACUGUUAUGAGUUCGCAAAACUAAGUCAAAUCAGUCCAUGUGUAGGAAGAUGAACACAAUAGCAUAAAUAUGAUGGGACAUCAACCGGUGAAGGAAAAUGUGAUCUCUAAUGACGAUGCACAGUGAUGUCUGUACGGACUUAAUACACUGAACUGUGGGUUUGUAAAAAAAAAAAAAAAAGAGUAUCCAUUUUGUUACAAUGUUCAUUUUAUGGAGUGCCUUCGACAACUACCUGACUGUGAAAUAAAGAGACACAGUGGCAUGCCAAAUCCUAGCUUUGUAGAGGAUGGCAUGUUUGGUAAGUAGAGAUCUGAAAAUUAACUUCAUUAGUAGCUGUGAAAAGCCUGGGUGGAUUUGGCUGUCAUAUCAAUGUCACAGAUUACACGCUAGCUAAACAUUAGCUGCCAGGGUGUGCUCUCUGGUAAAUCUCGGUUACCAGGUGAAUAAGUAUCUACAUAUGCAACCCCCCAUGAAGUGCAGUGUAUGAGGAAGUUUCAGAAGAUUUGACCAUGUUGAGGCAUAUCAGCUUAAUGAUGAAGGCCGGAUUUAGAAAGGGUUGUUUUGUGACACAUUUAGUGUAUAAAAUAACAUAUCAUGGGAAAACGUUCAGUAAUUACUGCCCGAGAAAUUUAAUCGGCUGUUGCAUUGAAUAGAUACACGUUUUGCAGUUGUGAUACAGGACCAAAAGAGAAAUGGUUUCAAAUAAACCUUGCACUGUGACUUGAGUAGCGGUUUGAGACUGGUGGCUGUACUCACCAAGAGUUAAGAGUAGCAGAAGAACAAGCGUUUUUAACAUUUCUACUAUUUUCUCUUUUGU